GCCCGCGCCCGGCCCCGGCGCCCCGGGCCUCCCGCCCGCGCUUCAUGGCUGCGCACGAGUGGGACUGGUUCCAACGCGAGGAGCUCAUCGGGCAGAUCAGCGACAUCCGAGUCCAGAACCUGCAAGUUGAGAGGGAAAAUGUGCAGAAGAGGACCUUCACUCGAUGGAUAAAUCUGCACCUAGAGAAGUGCAACCCACCUCUAGAAGUGAAAGAUUUGUUCAUUGAUAUACAAGAUGGCAAAAUCCUAAUGGCUUUGUUAGAAGUCCUGUCUGGGCGAAAUCUGCUGCAUGAAUACAAAUCCUCGUCCCAUCGUAUUUUUCGGUUGAACAACAUAGCGAAAGCACUUAAGUUUUUGGAAGAUAGCAAUGUAAAACUGGUUAGCAUCGACGCAGCAGAAAUAGCAGAUGGCAACCCCUCUUUGGUUCUCGGGCUGAUAUGGAACAUAAUCCUCUUCUUCCAGAUUAAGGAGCUCACGGGCAACCUCAGCAGAAACUCUCCAUCUUCCAGCUUGUCACCCGGCCCGGGGGGCAUGGACUCAGACUCUUCCUUCCCACCCACGCCCACGGCAGAGAGGAGCGCGGCGAUAUCGGUGAAAGACCAGAGGAAGGCCAUCCGGACCCUGUUGGCGUGGGUGCAGAGGAAGACGAGGAAGUAUGGCGUGGCCGUGCAGGACUUUGCGGGCAGCUGGAGAAGUGGGCUGGCUUUCUUGGCUGUGAUCAAGGCCAUUGACCCCAGCCUGGUGGACAUGAAGCAGGCCCUGGAAGACUCCAUGCGGGAAAAUCUGGAGAAGGCUUUCCGCAUCGCACACGACGCCCUGCACAUCCCCAGGCUCCUGGAGCCAGAAGACAUCAUGGUUGACACACCAGAUGAGCAGUCUAUCGUGACUUACGUGGCACAAUUUCUAGAACAUUUCCCGGAGUUGGAAGCCGAGGACUUUGUGGAUUCAGAUAAAGAAGCCCCUAUUGAAUCCACCUUUGUCCGCAUCAAAGAAACCCCUUCUGAACAGGAGAGCACAGUCCUCCUUCUGACUGAAAAUGGGGAACGUGCCUACAUGGUUAACCAUGAAACCAGCCACCCGCCACCCUCCAAAGUCUUUGUCUGUGACAAGCCCGAGAGCGUGAAGGAAUGCUACCCGGGUGGCGUUUCCAACCGUGCGCUGUCAGACAGCUCUUCCGAGUUCAUGCACCAGAUCACCGACCAGGUCCUCCAAGGGGUCACAGGUAAGACCGGCAGCAUCAGUGAGCCAUCUCCAGAAUCUUCCAUUUUAUCAUCCAGAAAGGACAACCAGAGGUCCAACUCUCUGCCAAUGAAGAAAACCGUGCACUUUGAGGCUGACGCCUACAAGGAUGCUUCCGGCAGUAAGGGCCCACCCUGCCGUCAAGACCUCCUUGAAGGGAGCCCAAGGGGGACAGAGGACUUGUGCAAGCAGGAUGCACACGUCUUGGUGGUUGAGGUUGCCGAGGAAAAGACGCAUCAGGAAGCCCCAAAGAUCCCGGAAGCAGCCUCUGAUGAGGCCCCAGAUGACAUUUCCUUGGCGGAUGGUAAGACCAGUCAUUCUGAGGCUUCCCAGCGUCCCCCCUCCUGGAAUGGGACGUUGGAGAGUGCAGCCAGCCAGGAGAAAGAAGGUCGUCCCCUUUCACCCCUGGGAGAGAAUACCGUUAUGGCCGAAUCCCUGGAGAUCAAGGUUAAGCUGCUGACUGUAGAACCUAUGGAUGAAGAAGACUAUUUCGAAGGCAUCCCAUUAAAAGCCUCUAAAUUUAACAGCGACCUAGUAGAUUUUGCCUCCACCAGCCGGGCUUUCAAUGAGGUUCCUUUGCCCCGGGAGAAAAAACCUGCCAAGGAUGAGGUUUUGGAGGAUCAUGCUGAGAAAUUGGGCAAAAGGAGAGCUAAAUCUGUCCACAAAAGGAAAGAUUCGGAUGAGCCCCCAGUGAAGGCUGACAAGCAGGAACCGCACAAGCACCCUGAGCGAGAAGAUGAAGGCUAUUCUUUGGCCCCAGAGGAGGCACUAGUGGAUAAAAAGCCGGAAGGAUAUGAGAAGGCGAAGCAGAAGUCCCCCCAUCGCCGUCACAGCGAGGAUGAACGGGGCACCGAGGGCCCACAGCUUGCCAGAGAACUGCCUUGCAACCCGCCGAACAGCAGUGUCAGCUUGGAGACCCUUGGCAGUCACAGCGAAGAAGGCCUGGACUUCAGACCCUCGCCGCCCCUCUCCAAGAUCUCCGUCAUUCCUCACGAUCUGUUCUACUACCCGCAUUACGAGGUGCCCCUGGCCGCAGUUUUGGAGGCUUACGCGGAAGGCUCGGAGGAUUUGAAAAACGACGAGAUGGACCUCGAAGAACCAGAGGGCUACCUGUACGACCUGGGGUCCAGGGAGGAGGAGGCCGAGGCCUCUCAGAGCAGCUGCAGCUUCUCCGGGCCGGGCGAGGAGCCCCCCAGGGCCGGCGUCCAGGCGCCGUCUCUCGACAGCGGGGCUGACGGUGCCAAACCAGCCUCGGAACCCGCUCCCCCACCCCGCCAAGAGGACCACCAGCAAAGGGAGGCGGAAGAGAGUGCCCCCGUGGGGAGCCAUCAGUCCCAGGAAUCCCCAAACUCGGAAAACAUAGCAAACCCUUUAGAAGCAAAGGUAAUGGAAGAAUCAAUCAGCAGUAAAAAAAAGGAAAAAAGGAAACAUGUGGAACACGUAGAAAGUUCGAUAUUUGUAGCACCUGGAACUGUUCGAUCCUCAGAUGACCUAGAAGAAGACACUGGCGACCACAAAGUCCUUUCCAGGACCAGUCACAGUGACUCCAGCAUUUACAUUCGACGACAUAAUAAUAGGUCUUUGGAAUCGGAUCAUUCUAGCUACGUUCAACUGAGGAACGCAGCCGAUCUGGAUGACAGGAGAAACCGAAUGUUAACCAGGUACAAUACAGAGAAGCUCACUGAGCUGAUUUUACAGUUUUAUGGCAUCAGAGCAGACAUGAAGAGGGAAUACAAACAUGCCAAGAUGUCCAUGAAAGUAUUUCUUACUGUUGGAGAACUAGAGGACCUAGACUAAGAUUGCUGAAUUGCUGUGAAACUGCCCAUGUAGAACAGCAAUCCAGAGAAAUCCCUAAAAUUCUGACUAUUCUGAAAUGCCCCAUCCCUGUUAAAGUUAUUGAAUCACUUAAUUUUAUUGAUUUUUUUUUUUUUUUUUGCUACGGACCAGAAUUGGCUUGGAAGGACUUAGGUUAUUGGCAUGGGAAGCCUCUGUCUCAAUAUUGCCCAACACCCAGGAGUGUAAUUCAUAGAACUCCUCCACUCUGGCUCCUAAAAAAGAGGCCAGACUUGUUUCUCUUCCCUGCCCUAAAAUGGAAAUAUUAAUUCACAUUUUCCACUAGGCUUGACACACUCAUAGGAAAAGAAUACUUGUAGCUUUUAUGAGAUAGAGACUUUGAAAAUUGAGCCUGCAGGGUUGAGAAAUGCAGUCGUGUUCUUCCAUGUUUUUGAGCAUUUAUUCCCUUUGUGAUAAAAAAUAAAUAUAGUUUCAAUUUUUUCUAGAAACAGUUUUAGGAAAGAGAAGGAAAUUCGGUCAGUGGUCCGUUGUCUGCCUGUGGAUCAGUUUCUAGACCCAGGCGAACGGUUAAUUGCCUCUUGGCCUCGCCUCUCACUGUGUCAGGAGACAGUUCAGAAACGGGGUGUUUGCACUUCUCAUAAUCUCCAUCACACGCCCCAAAUGACCCUAAGAAGCUUACGCCCUAGGCUUCUGUAAAUGCAGCUUCAAGCAGAGGCUCCCAACGCCCCUUCCACUCAGAUGAUGGCCCCCAACCCCAACCCUCCUUCGUGGGAAUCUGCAGCUGUGGUUGGUUACCACCACACUGCCCGCUCUGGGCUUCAUCCGCCAGGAAAAAACGAAAUGUCACUUUAACUACUUUCUGUAAAAUAAAAGAACAAUAAAUCUGACCAAAAUCAAAUCUAUUAAUUAUUUUAAAAGUUAUAUUCCAAAGCCAAAAACAAAACUUGGUGGUGGGGGGAUGUGUCUUUAUUUGUUUCUCGUGGCUAUUUUUAAAUUAUCUGUAAUCGAAGGACUCACUAUUCUUUUAGAUGGCUUAUGAAGGCCUCUCUGUCCUGAAUGAACAACAGAGAGCUGUCAGUAUCUAACCCUGCAUUAAGAGUACUGUGGGGUAAAGGAAGGUGUCCUGGACUGGGAGUUAGACCUGGCCCAGGUUCCAGCUCUAGCACAAAGUAACUGUGUGGCCUUGGGCAAGCUGCUCCACUCCAUGAGUCUCAAUGUGCCUGUCUGCAGAAUGGGCUGACAGCUCCUCUCUCUUAGUGUUGUGGAGAUGAACUGGGUACGUGUGAAAGCUCAGAGGACCACCUGGACCCCAGCCCUCUGCCGUGGGUCUGCACACACAAUGGGGGGCCUCUUGGACGCCUCCCUGGAAGCCCUCAGCUCUCCAGUCGAGCAGUGAGGUUGCAGUACAGGGAGGGAGUGGGGUCCACUCGACUGGGGACCUGCUCGUAAC